AUUUUCACUAAUUUUUUUGUGGCACACUCCAUUAGCUUCUUGCAGCAUCGUAAUUUCCAGAAUAAUUCGUCUAAUUAAAGGUUUAUAGUGGGGUAACUCUCGCGGUUUUCGUCCGGCGAUUGGCAAUCUGCUCAAGCCAAAUCUACAACUCAUUCCUUAAUCCCGUGAUUGCAGCAGCAGCUGGCAUCAGCCCACCAAGACACCCGACCUUUUUGGACUACGUAUUCGACAUCGCCUACCUCCUCACACGUACCACCCACCAGACGACCACAGGAGCCAGGAGAGACGCAAAAGUCGCACCAAUGGCCUCUCGCAUAUCGACCCCGUUGCGCCUUGCUAACCGCGCUGCGGUCCCCACACGCGCAGGAGCUUGUUCGUCACCGCUUUGCAAGUCUCGCGUCUUCCGCCAGCAGCGCUUCUACUCUUCGGAGCCCCCUCGCGGUGGUAACAGCCAGAUCAAGUUCUGGCCUUUCUUCGCACUCUUUGGAUUGGCCUCGGCGGGAUAUAUUCAACUAGCAAACUCUCGUAUCAAAAAAACAGACGACAUGCCUCCUGCGACCGAAGCCCACGCCCCGGCUGCGCUGCCUGCCCGGGACGCACCGGUAUUCAACCCUGCCGAUGUGACCGUCGUUUUCGUCCUCGGUGGUCCUGGCGCUGGAAAGGGCACACAAUGCGCCAGGCUCGUUGCUGAGCAGGGCUUCACCCAUCUCUCAGCCGGCGACUUGCUGCGCGAAGAGCAGGACCGACCCGGGUCUCAGUUUGGUCAAUUGAUCAAAGACUACAUCAAGGAUGGCCUUAUCGUUCCCAUGGAGGUUACCAUCAAGCUGCUUGAGAACGCCAUGACGGCUGCGCUCCGCGAGAAGGGCGCCACCAAGGGCCGCUUCCUGAUCGAUGGCUUCCCCCGUAAGAUGGAUCAAGCCCAUAAGUUUGAGGAGGCUGUCUGCCCCGCCAAGCUCGUCUUGUUCUUCGACUGCCCUGAGAAGGUUAUGGAGGAACGCUUGUUGGAGCGGGGCAAGACAAGCGGUCGAACAGAUGAUAACGCCGAGAGCAUCCGCAAGCGCUUCCGCACGUUUAUUGAGACCAGCAUGCCCGUCGUUAACUUCUAUGAGAGCCAAGGCAAAGUCAUCAAGGUUGACGCCACACCUUCUCCCGCGGAUGUCUUUGUGACGACGAGCAAGCUUCUUACCGAGAAGCUUGCGUCUUAAUCUCGGACUGAUGGGGGCUCUACACUGUAUUCAAUAGGCGAAAAGAGAGGGAGGGGGGCUUUACAAGGGUGAUGGGUCUUAGAACUGGUGCUUUGGAUCAAAGAGAGCGCAUGUGUAUUAUUUAUAGAAGGUAUAUUACUAGAAGGGAAGAUUGGUUUGGCAACCUGGCCCCUCCACUGUAACCUGUAACUGUAUAUUAAACGAGGUUUCUCUACCAGACUCCUUGUCCACUUAACUUACUCUUUUUCUUUAG